UCUGUCGUAACUGCCGCCGCCUCGUUCACCGUGACUUAUGUCAAACAUUGAUAAUAAAAUGUACACAAAAACAGUGAGCAAAGACAAAAUCCGGCGCAUCGUGUACGGCACCUGCGUCGUGCUGGCCGCCGACGGCGGCGCCAGCGGCGGGGCGCGGCCCCGCAAGGUGACCAUCACCCUCCUCCGGCGUCGGGGGUGCUGGCGAGCCCUCAGCUCGCGGAGGGUGGCCGUCUUCGCCUUCCCGGAGGCGUGCGGCCCCUUCUCCGUCCCUGCCCCGCUGGACCUGGAGUACCUCUUCAGGUGCAGCGGCAAGGCAGACGCCGGAGCCAUGCAGAUCAAGAUCUGCGUGGCGUACUACUGCCGCGGUGCCCCUCGCAAGGCCCGCGUUAGCCUGGAGGAGUUCAUGGAGCCGCUGCUGGAUGGAGGCCGACCUGGCAGUUUCUACCUGUAUAUCUACGAAGACAAGGUCGCCCUCCAGCAGGCAAGCCAACAGUUCCAGGCUCUUCCCACGGCAUGGCCACUGGAACAGAAACCCGGCAAGGGAAAGAAGGCCAUGUGUAACGAAGGACACACUGACAAUGACGACACCUACACUGAAUGGAAGGCUUACCUGGAAAAGGUGUUUUCGAUGGAUGAUGAUGAUGAAGAAAGCACCGACAAUAAUGACGACACCUACAGUGAAUGGAAGACUUACCUGGAAAAGGUGUUCUCAGUGGAAAGUGAUGAAGCAAACACCGACAACGAUGAUGACACCAACACUGAAUGGAAGGUUCCCACGGGAAAAGUGUUUGCGGUGGAAAAUAACGAACUUGACGAUGCGGUUCACGAGGUUGUGGAAGCUUCUGAUAUGGAUAACACUGCAGCACACGAGGAGGUCCACGAGCUGGGGCAAGCCUCUGGUGGCACUGCCGCUAAAAAGGAGGCUCCCGAGCUGCACCCCGAGCUGGAGCAAGCCUCUGGUGGCACUGCCGCUGAAGAGGAGCCCCCCGAGCUACACCCCGAGCUGGGGGAAGCCUCUGGUGGCACUGCCGCAGAGGAGGAGGCCCGCGAGCUGGGGGAAGGCUGUCAGAGCGGGAAAAGUGCCACAGACAGGGGAGUUUCCCGUCAAGACGAGGCCCCUUCACCAGUGCCCGACUCUGCCGCCACCGCCACAGCUUCCCACGCCUACCGAAGCCUCACCGUGGCUCAGAGGUUCAUCGCCCGUCUCGCAGGCCCCAGUGACCGCCAGCUGGAGGACCUGCAGCGGAGCCACGGCGUCAGCAUCGUGCGGGUCAGGCGAACCCUGCACAUCAAGGGCCACAGGGACGCCGUCCUGCAGUGCCACAGCCACGUGCGCGAUGUGAUCGCUGAGUGGCGGAGGCGCGAGGCCGCCGAGGCUCAGUAAGCGGCCCACAGACAUGCCUGUGACCCGUGACGGCCUCGUCACCACCGUGUUUCUUAGCAUUUCUUAGCAUUUCUUAUCAUUCCUCUCAAUCUAGAUAUUGUGCUGUUGUUCUUGUUUUGUCAUUGUUGUUGUUGUUGCUGUUGCUGUUCCUGUACCCACCUCCCCAUCAAGAUAACGGUAAAUCACUCGGUUCUGUUGAGUCAUCGUGAUCCGGUUCCGAGUUUCGGGUCAAGGCGCUGAACUGAACUGAACUCAGACCCCGGGAACCCGAACCAGGGACGGGUCACGACAAGGGAGGAGCAAGGCGCUGAACGGAGCGGCUCAGAUCCCAGGGACUAAUAAGGGAAGAAGCUUUGACAGACUUACAGCCAACAUCAAAAGUUAUCUCAUAUUUCUCU